UUUUUCGCUCGCUCUUUUUUCUCUCUCAAUUUUUGUUUAAACUUUUUAUUUAUUUUUAAUUCAACUAAUUCAACUAAUUUCAAUUUUUUCUUUUGUCCUUUUUUAUCGAGAUGGCUUCGACUCCGCCGCCCGCCUCUUCCUCUGCUUCCUCCUUAGGCGACCGCAGCCGCGCGCGCGACAAACUACGUGCAUUCUACAAAAUGCAAACCGCACCUCCGCUCCCCACCACCACCACGAGAAACACCAACCCGCCGUCAACCACAGCAGUGGCGGCACCAGCGGCACCAGCGCCAACCACUUCCGCACAGCUCAACCUCGACAGUGCCCAUUUUGAUUCGAAAAAAUACACCAAGCAAUUGCUUCUAACCUCAGGCACCCAAAGCCUCCUCCAGUCCUCGACGACCCUGGUCAGCUCAAUCCGGCAGAUCGACAAUGAUAUGAAGACAAUGGUAUAUGAGAACUACAGCAAGUUUAUCAGCGCCACGGAGACCAUCGGGCGGAUGAAAGGAGACGCGGACUUUAUGGACAGCGAAAUGGGCAAACUCACCCGCCGCGUCACCUCGAUUUCCCAUAAGACCGCCGACCUACACCGGGCGCUGGACGCGCGCCGGGAGCGUAUCUGGCGACUAGCAGCGGAGAUCCGCACCUUGCGGGCGCUGCAGAUGAUCGCCGAGCUGCCAAAGCGGCUGAGCGUGAUGAUUGGCGCUGGCAGGUUUGUCGAGGCGGCAGGCGAGUGGUCGCGGGCGACGCCGCUGCUCGAGCACUAUCGCCGGCUGGGCGCCCGGUUUGAGGGCGUGGAGAGCGACGGAAGGCAGAUUAUGCAGGAGGUGGAGGCGACGGUUUGGCGCCGGUGGAGGAGCGAAGACACGGGCGUAAGGGAGGGCGCCGAAUGCGCAUCGUUGCUCGUGCUUUUGCGCCCUGAGUGUGCGCCGAAGCUGUGGAGGGACUACUUGGUCAUUCAGGCGCGCAAAAACCACAGGUGUAGGGCGGAUGCCCUGGACCGCGCCAUGAAUGAGCAGGGCAGAGCCGCAGAGUUCCCGGCUCUCGAGGGUGCGCCGACGGGUGGCCGCGGACAACGCCCGAAUGCAGGCGAAUGCAUUGCGCGGUUCCACGCCGAGUACCUGCCCGUGUGGAGCUCUUUGGUCAUUGGGUUUGCGUCGCAGUUUCUGUCGCCGGCCGGCAGUGGGCUGAUCGAGGCGUCGUUGUCUGCGGCGGCCAGUAAGCAUGGCGGCCGCACAAAGUCGCUGCUGCAGGCUACCACCGAGGGCACCGUCGUCGGGCUGCUGUCGCCACAGCAGCAUAUUGACGGACAGGCGGCGGCGGCGGCGCCCAGGAUCGCUGCCAGCCGUGUAGUCGGGUGGCAGGCCAUGGAUGCGCAAGACUUGGCGCAAGCGCAGGAGGCCUUUGCGCAGGCGCUGGUCGAGUGGGCGGCGGAGUACGAGCGCAUUCUGGAGUCCCUCAUGCGGUUCCCCGAUGACACCACCACGGCAGCUAACGUUGCCCCACACCUGCACCAGCUGGACGCGCUCGUCUCGCUGCUCGCACAGUACCCAAUUCUCUCGCGUAUCGGCGGCCUGGACGCCUGCGUUCAGCGGAUGGUCGAUCGGUGGCAGCGGCGGCUGGUUGAUGGCUGCCUGCAGGGCGUUGUGCGUGAUUUGAUCGAGCGCGUCGAGUAUUAUUUCGACCCUGGCGUUGACCAGGCAUGUCCGGCAGCAGUGCAGGAGGAGGGCGCUGGUGGGGGGCGCAGGUCCAGCGCCAGCAGGCAUCGCAGGACCAUGUCAGCGCGAAGCAACCUGUCGGUGGGCGACCAGGGCCUGCAGCAUCAGAGGUCUGGGUCAGCGGCCAGGGCUGUGUCGUCGGCCUUUGAGGCCUUGGGGAAUGCACUGCCGACCCAGCCUAUUGCGCCUGCCUCUCUGUCCCUCUCACCUGCACUCGCCCCCUUUGGCACCAACCCUUCCCAGCUGCCAUCUCAGCAGCAGCAGCUGCCGCAACAGAGGGUGAGUCGUGCGAGCACCGUCAAUGUAGCGUCCUCUGCGAGACAUGCGUCGCACAGCCGGUCGAGUACGCUGCGCCGCAACCACCAGCGGACACAGUCUACGGCGAUCACCGACCUAUUCGAUGCGCCUAACCAAGCCUCUUUUUCUGAAGACCUGCCGAGGCCUCUGCAGCGGCGGUACCGGCCGUGGUUGGUUUCUUCGAUUAACCGCAACGCGCCAUUGCACGUGUUUCUGGCGGACAUCGAGAGCUGGCUGAUCCAACAGGUGCUCGAGCGAAUCAACCCGUUGCUCGAGGCUGUUGUUCAGCAUUACUUGGACAUUGAGGCGAGCCAGAUCCUGGAUGACGGCGAAGAACACCUGGGCCUGUCCCUGCAGAGCGCAGCGAGACUGCGGUUGGGAUUUAUUUCCGUGCUCGAUCAAUGCUUGGAUACGUGGAUGAGCGAGUGGAUGCCUGCACUGUUUUUGCAUGUUGCAAUGGUCAAUGUACCCUGUGGAUCUAGAGCAUAUGUUGAGAAGUGCGUGGAUGAGGCUGCGGCAAAGUUUGGCGGCGUCGGGAUGGUCGGUGAUCCGGUAUCAAGCCUGCUUCUGGCCAGAUUUGCUGUGGAUUUUGAGCUGACUUUGGCGCAGAGCAUCUACCAGCUAUGCGAGCAUGCUAUUUUGGUCAUCCCCGAGGAAAAUAGCCAUGGGUCUAAUCGCGGCAAUAAUGCACAGGCGCAGGCGCAGGCUCAAGCGCGGCUUGGGGGCAGUAUGCAUGUACUCGAGGAACAUUUACAGUCUAUUACUGCCACCACUGCGGCUUCGUUUAGUCGCGCUGACUCUAUGGCUAGUAUUAUUAGUGGACGCCGUGGUGCUGCGGCGAGACCUGGUCCCGGUGCCAGUGGUGGUGCGUUGUUGAGGUCGUUUGAGGCUGCACAUGCUGCUGCUAGGUGGCAUUCGGUGGCUGAACGCCUUGUGAGGCAUUUCAUCAUGACUGUUGGACUGGACAUUUCAUCGGAUUAUUUGAGACUAAGACCGUAUGAUUCUACAACAGGAAUGUUCGAUACAGUGCAGCAAAAGGAGGAGGGUGUGGAGGAGGAUGCGGAGGAGGGUGUGAGUGAGAUUUGGCUGAGCAUUUGUCGUUGGAUGCGUCAGGUCGAGAACGACACUAAUGCGUUGUUUUAUGAUCCGGUAUUUUCGGCAACGCUGAAGGCUCUGCAGACAUGGCAUGAGCGCGGGGUUGGUGACCAUGCUAAACAACCUACUACUAUCCGGUCCCACCCUUCCCCUCUCUCCCAUCUUCCACAGCAGCAGCAGCAAUAUGGACCGUCGAUCUCUGAACACGCCCAUAUAAUGUCCAACAUUGACCGACUCUUUGCCCAACGCAUUGAUAUCUUCCCCUCUGUAGUCUCCUCAUUGACAUCUGGCAAGAUCCUGUUCCAUUUAUCCAUGCAGAUCAUCAAAACAGCAAUGGAGUCUCUGCGGUUGAGGCCUGCGAGAUUGUCUCUGAGAAUGUUUAGAAAAAUAUCUGUGGAUGCAGCGUUUGUUCGGUCAUGGAUGCUCAGAUACACGGGGGUUACACCGGAUUUGCACAAACUGUCCAGGAGUCCAGGGUUGGUUUCAGUGGUUGCGGUCGGCGGCGGAAGCGGAAGCGGAAACGGAAAGCAACUGGAUCAGAAGCAACAGCAAGGACAACAGCAGCAAGGGCAGCAGCAGGGUUUGGGCAUGAAGGGUGGAAAGUCUGAGGAGAUUAUUAAUGAGGGUGAUGCCAGAGCCAUUUUGAAUUUAGUCGAUGAUUGGGUUGCCACGGCAAAAGCCUUUGUCGGCGGAGGUGGGUCCCUGGAGGUGCUACGCUUGAAUGAGGAAAUCGCUGAUCAGUUGGUUUUGAAUGCAUGGAUGGAUACGUUUUUUUGUUGAAUAGAUUUAUCUGUUUUUUUCGGAUUGUUGAUAUUUUAUGUAGUUUGAUGGAUAAAUACACC